CAUCUGUCUUUGACAGUGACAUAAUUUUUUCCUUGCAACUGCGAGGUUAACAACCUUGACAGUUUGACAUUUAUUCGGUCCAAUUUGGUCAUAAAUCGCAAAAUACAAAUCAAAAAUUAAAUAAAUCACAGAAUUUCAAAAUGAGUAAAAUUCUCACAGCAGAGGAAGUUAAACGGCACAAUACUAGAAAAAGUGUUUGGAUGGUGAUCCGUAAUGAAGUAUACGAUGUGACUUCAUUUGUUGACGAGCAUCCUGGUGGAGAGGAUCCGAUCCUGGACGCAGCAGGACAGGACGCCACAAUAGCAUUCGAAGAUGUAGGCCACAGUGAAGAUGCAAAAGCAAUGUUAAAAAAAUACAAAAUUGGAACCCUAGCACCAGGCGAAGGCUGUUGUAAAAUGAGAGCCAAAAUCUGGAGAUCAAGUUCACAAUAUCACCGAGAUUGCACCGAGUGUAACGCUAGCAGUGAUAAGCCUGGCACAAGCGAUUCAAAAUCGUGGCGAUCCUUCGAUGGCGGCACUCCCACCUCACUCAGCCGAAAGUCGUCACUGAAAUGUUAUAAAGAACCUCUUAGACCAAUGCCAGAGAAGAGAAUACAGCAUAUAGUGGUGCCGAGAGAAAGACGACGGCGAGGUCCGCCUUGUGCGCCAAGCAAUUCGCGGCUGAAGUAUGUGGUGUUGGCGCUGGGAAUAGCUAUUCUUCUUGGGUUUGCGUACAAAAAAUACUCGUCGGGCUAAACUAAAUACAAAACAAACACGCAGUAGAGGUCCAAAAAAUCUGGUUUAAACCAGUCAAGGUCUAGUUUAAGCCUAAGUUGUACCAGUCGGGACUGUGUCUCAAUUGUCAUGGCCACUGAAAAAUCCCUUUCUGUUAUUUCAAUGUCCAUUGUUACAAAAAUCAAUCGUUUUAUAGUAAACCCUGUCUUCAACUAGUUAAGGUUCAAAACUGUAUGUCUGUGUCUCUAUCUUUAGGUUGACUUCAGUGGUCGUAAAUCGGUGUAUUUAAGGUUCAUAUAAAAACAGAUUUUUAAAGUCUGUUCGCAUAAUUGUAGGUGCUUAAUUAAUAUACUUUCAAUGUUUUGAGUAAGUGAUGUGAAAUUAUGUAGCUACGUAUAUACACAGUGUCUAUUUAUUGGACCAAAAUUGUAAUAGGUACUUAAGUUGUCAUUGGGUGGAAAAUAAAAGUCAGGUAUAAACAACAUUUUUUUUACUUGUUUUAACUUCACAUUCAGUUUUACUGAAGUACUGUAACGACGCGUUUAUUUUGUGAUACAUUAAUGUACAAGUCUUUUAUACAACUGUUACAAUUCUCUUAUUUAUUAUGACAUGAUGCAAUAAAGUAGUUAAUAGUGA